UCGAGGCACAGUCGAGGGUCGAGGUUAUAUUAUAAAUCAUCAAGUUUUUUAAAUCGAAUAAUUGAUCAAUCUGUUGUGUUUCUUAGUAACUGCAGACAACUGUUUUGUUUUAUUUAGAAUUACAAAUCACAGUUCUAUCCUAGUCUUCUUCUGAAAAAUAAUCUUUAUUAUCCUUAUUAGCUGUCUACUUCUUCAACCUGAUUGUAAAAGCAUAAAAUACUGGAUUUUAUGUCGACGAACUAUUGAUCUAUGCAAUGUCAAUUUCCAGUCAUAAAUUACUGGAUAAAGAGACAAAGGCUUCUGUUGCACAAGAUGAAAAUGGUGCAGCUGGUGGGGCUUUCAAUACUCAUAACCGAGAAGAGUUCUACAAUAGGUUAGGAAACACUGAUAAUGACCACACUAAUGAAAAUACAAGAAUCGCGUGCAGCUCGCGAGCUGGCAACUCCAACUAUUCGUGGAGUCGUGAGAAUAGACAACAUAAUUCAAACGAGGCAUUCAAGCGAGGCUCAGGGCUGUGUGGUCUAGUCAAUCCGAACCGAAUCUGCUUCAUGAAUUGUGUGGUACAGUGCUUGGCUCAUUGUCCGCCUCUAGCUGACUACUUCCUCGAUGAUCGUUACAUGCGGGAACUGAAUCUGACAAAUCCGCGAGGCACCAAAGGAGAGAUGGCACGAACGUUCGGCGUAUUGUUGAAGAAUAUGUGGAGUGGCGAACACAAAUAUCUUCUAGCUAGAGAUUUCAGGAUGCAUGCCGAAAAGUUCACUAAUCAGUACGACCCGUUCCAACAAGAGUUUGACGCCCAGGAGUUUCUCACCUUUGUUUUGGAUAAUCUCCAUGAGGAUCUGAACAGAGCCAAAGAGCAUAAAGGAGGCAUCACCAUUGAAACUGAAGGUCGUCCUGAUCCGGAGUUGGCCAAGGAAACAUGGGAUGUGUACUUGAAGAGGAACGAUUCGAUAAUAGUGGACCUGUUCCACGGUCUGUUGCGGUCGAAGCUGAUCUGCCCGAACUGCGAAACGGUGUCCGUCAAGUUCGAUCCGAUGUGCUUCCUGUCGCUGCCGUUGCCUGUCGACAAGGAGAAAGUCUUCAAGAUCUUGUACGUGCCACAUGACCAGACCAAAAACGAGACGCGCUACGAGGUGAAAGCGUCCGAAUCGAGUCGUGUGCGCGAUCUGUUGGCCAAACUGUCAACUUGGAUCGGAUGUGAGACUGAGCGCCUGGUGUUGGCGGCCGUCUCCAACCACCACAUACACAAGUUCUUCUCGAGGGAUGACUCACUGGAGGUGGUGAAUGUCGCCUAUCGCGCAGGUCUGCAUGUCUACGACAUACCUGAGGCACACCACCUGUCUCCCGCCCCCGCCACUACCACGCUCAUACCUGUCUACCAUUGGGAGGUGAAGAGCACCAGUGACACAUCAGUGACGGCCAACAAUCGAAUGACGUCAUUUCAUCCGUGCCUCUUUGGCACGCCGGCAUUGAUUUCACUGCCGACGGCUCCCCUCAAGUAUGAAACAAUACACAGCCUGAUAGCCAGCAAGCUCAGUCGCUACAUACGCUUCACAUCCAACAUCAACGAUAAUCGCCUCAAAUCCGAAGAUGACAUGGAUAUAGAUUCGGAAAAUGAAAGCGAUAAGGAGCCUCCUGAGGAAGCCUUCACACUGCACGUUGUCAACACAAAAGAUGCAUCUAGUGCAAAAAGAAUUCCCAACAAUGGGCAACUGAUCAAGUUUCCAGAAUAUCAAGGUGAUCAGUGCUUGGUUCUGCAGUGGACGACAUCAUCUAUGCGAAAAUAUUUCAAAUCUCAGACGCCAAAUCAAGAUAGUUCAUUGCUAACGCUCGAAAAUAAAGCUCGCAAACUGAAUCUGCAAGAUUGUCUUGAUAUAUUUGCAUCAACAGAAAAACUCGAAUCUGGAAAUACAUGGAACUGUCCUAGCUGUAAAAAGCCGUCAGUUGGAGGAACGAAGAAGUUCGAUGUUUGGACACUGCCCAACGUUCUAAUAAUCAACUUGAAACGAUUCUCUUACAUCGUGAACAGACAUGACAAGUUGAAUAAGAAGGUCGACUAUCCGUUGGAAAAUUUGAAAUUGAACGAUUACCUGGUCAACAAGAACCACGCGCCAGUCUCCUACAAUCUCAUUGGAGUUAUCAAUCAUUAUGGCGGGCCGUCUGAGGGACAUUAUACAGCAUUUGCAAAGAAUCGAAUGGACAAUCAGUGGUACUGCUUUGACGACAGUAAUAUUCACAAGUUGAAAGAGAAAGACGUUGUGACGAGUACCGCUUACGUACUCCUCUACAUGAAGAAUGAUUUGAUGAAAGAAGAAAACCAAACAUGAUAUGAAUCUCAAUGGACGGUUUGAUUUAGUUCUGUUUUUAUUUGAAAGAUCUGAUUUUGUGAAAAGACUCUUCCAUGUGUGCUAACUCCCAAAGCUGCCAAAAUACUCGAUCUUUGUAAAUAAUACCUAGUACAAAUUCAAUUAAGUUAUUGUUAUUCAAUUCAGGAGCUCAUACCCAAGAGUUCUUUUUUCUUGGUACAAAUUUGAUUUGAGGAUUCUCACUCUGAUAAAUUUAAAACUCAUAAUAUUAUUAGAGUUAUUUAGUUUGAUAAUUAAUGUUCAAGUUGAGAGCUCAUAAUUCAGAAUUAUUUGUUCUUGUACAAAUUUGAUCAGUUUUAGGAGAUCAUAAACCAUGAUAAAUCAUUAAACAAAAACCAAUUAAUUGAAAACUCAUGAUAUUAUUUUUACAAGUUUAUGUUGAAUAAUUUUAUUUGGCCUACUGACUGGAAUAAAAAUUUCCAUUAAACCUU